GCCAAACACCGCACACUCCUGUCGGUACAACCUCGUCCGUCGCCAUGGCGUCUUUCGGUGGUAGUCCGUCCAGACGGGAUUCUGUCUCUUCAUCUUCAGGUAAUGUGUAUCGCAUGAGCCGGUGCCCGGGCUCCCGCUUCUUUUCCCACUUCACUUCUCUCCCCCCUCGUCUCUUGUCUUACAGGGAGCUCGGGCUGAGAAUAUACGGCCCUGAACUUGAUCUGGAUAAUACCAGCGAAAGGAUCAUGCUCUCCCCCCUUUCUAUCCCUUCAAAUCCCUAACCCUCGUAGGCCCAUCAUGAGCCCCCCCGCCGCCGUCUCGCCCACCCAGCGCACCGCUGAACUCGUCACCCCCCCUUCCAAGCUGGCCGUCUCCCAGCCGCAGCAGCAUCUCGAGGCCCAGGCCAAGUCCGUCGGCGACAUGUUCGGCCAGUGGGACUCCUUCACCUUUGCCCCCAUCCGCGAGUCCCAGGUCUCGCGCGCCAUGACCCGCCGCUACUUUGAGGACCUCGACCGCUACGCCGAGUCCGACAUUGUCAUCAUCGGCGCCGGCUCCUGCGGCCUCAGCACCGCCUACGUCCUCGGCACCCAGCGCCCGGACCUCAAGAUUGCCAUCAUCGAGGCCUCCGUGUCCCCUGGCGGAGGUGCUUGGCUGGGAGGCCAGCUCUUCUCCGCCAUGGUCAUGCGCAAGCCUGCCGAUGCCUUCCUCCGCGAGAUAGGCGUCCCCUACGAGGACGAGGGCAACUACGUUGUCGUCAAGCACGCCGCGCUCUUCACCUCCACCAUCAUGGCCAAGGUGCUGCAGCUGCCCAACGUGAAGCUCUUCAACGCCACCUGCGUCGAGGACCUCAUCACUCGCCCCUCUGCCGAGGGCGUCCGCAUCGCCGGUGUGGUCACCAACUGGACCCUCGUCUCGAUGCACCACGACGACCAGUCCUGCAUGGACCCCAACACCAUCAACGCGCCCCUGGUCAUCUCCACCACCGGCCACGACGGCCCAAUGGGUGCCUUCUGCGUCAAGCGCCUCGUCAGCAUGGGCCGCAUCGAGAAGCUCGGCGGCAUGCGUGGCCUCGACAUGAGCAGGGCCGAGGACGCCAUUGUCAAGAACACCCGCGAGGUUGUUCCCGGCCUGAUUGUCGGAGGAAUGGAGCUGUCUGAGAUUGACGGAGCCAACCGCAUGGGUCCUACCUUUGGUGCCAUGGCCCUCAGCGGUGUCAAGGCUGCCGAGGAGGCUCUCAGGGUCUUUGAGGCCCGCCGCAAGGAGAAUGCUCAGUAAAUGAGAUUCGUGGCUAUCUUCCGUCAUUCAUUUGAUUGUACUUGGCAUGACUGGUCACUCAUUUGAUGUAAAGCAGUAAAAGUACAAAAGAACAAAAAAAA